CAACCAUCGGGUUUUUCGCUUCCACAGCAUGAAUGGUUGACGCUUUUGAAGAAGGAGAACAAGGAACGUCAAAUGGUCAAGUCAAUGGCUCGCAGAAAUUACCUCCUUAAAUAUGUUCUACCUAAGGUGUCCGAGUGCCUUGUCAUCUAUGGUCAGCGAAGACCUGCCGAUCCUGUAGACUUUCUGGCGGAAUACAUUCUCCGAGACGCUGGAGUAAACUACAAUGGAAUUAUUCGCUAA